AACACCAAAGUGCACCAAUUUCUUCCUUCCACCACCGGAAGAACUAAGAGAGAGAAAGAAAGGAGAGAGAAAGAAAGCAGGGAGAAAGCGGAGAGAGAGUAUCGAGAGAGUCCAGAGGCUGGAGCGGCGAAUAUGUCCCAUUCUCUCCUAUAAAUACUCUCAACACCCUCCACCCCUACUUCUCCCCAAUACAACAGAGCUCUCUCUCUCUCUCCUCAGCCCUUCUUUCUCCCUCCUCUGCUCCCCUUCCGUAGAUAGUAGGGUUUCUGCUCAACCUUGAACCUUUCACUCUCUUCAGAGAGAGAGAGAGAGAGAGAGAGAGAAGCAGGAGUUGGUUAUCAAUGGAUACGUAUGCUCUCCAUCUAGCCAUGGCGGCUCUGGUCGGAGCUUCGGUGGUGGCGUUCUCCGCCUACUACAUGCAUCGGAAAACCCUAAACCAGCUCCUGGAGUUCGCCAAGACUGUGGAGAGGGACCGCGAGAGGGAGGAUGGCGAGGGCGACUCACCUCAGGUUUUCAAGAAGUACGCUGAGAAGCGGCGCAACCACGGUCGGCGUAAGGGCGCCGGGUAUAACCGGCGAGGUUCGGCGUCGUUGCCGGACGUCACGGCCAUCUCUGGUGCGGUCGACGGCGAGGAGAAGCGGAACGGCUCGUUUUUGUUGGAUGGUAUUCCGGCCGGGUUGCCACGCCUGCACACGCUGCCUGAAGGGAAAUCUGCCGGGCUUGCAAAUUCAACUAAGAGAUCAGCAAAUUUUGUUAGAGCAACUUCUCCCAAGUCUCCUGUUGCUAGUGCUAGUGCCUUUGAGAGUGUAGAAGGAUCAGAUGAUGAAGAAAAAAUAACUGACAAUGCUAAACUAGACGCUACUUAUCUGCAUACAAAUGGGAAUGCUGCACCGAAGGGUGAAGGCCUGUUUCAGAAUUUACCAGAUGGCAUUAAUGCCAAUGGAGAGCAAAUGCCUAUACCUGCAUCAAGUAUGAUCCGUUCACACAGUGUAUCUGGCGACCUGCAUGGCGUUCCACCUGACCCUGUCGCAGCUGACAUUCUUAGGAAGGAGCCAGAGCAAGAAACUUUCGUUCGUCUUAGAAUUACGCCAACUGAGGUACCAUCACCUGACGAAGUGGAGGCAUAUAUGGUACUUCAAGAAUGUCUCGAAAUGCGAAAGAAUUAUCUAUUCAAGGAAGCAGUUGUCCCAUGGGAGAAGGAAGUUAUAUCUGAUCCUAGUACACCAAAGCCUAAUCCAAAUCCAUUUUGUUAUGCUCCUGAGGGUAAAACUUAUCAUUAUUUUCAGAUGGAAGAUGGAGUUGUUCAUGUUUAUGCAAACAAAGAUUCAAAAGAAAAGCUUUUCCCUGUUGCUGAUGCAACAACAUUCUUCACGGACCUGCAUCACAUCCUCCGAGUAAUUGCGACAGGGAAUAUUAGAACUUUAUGUCAUCAUCGGCUGGUUCUCCUGGAACAAAAAUUCAACCUUCAUUUGAUGCUUAAUGCGGAUAGGGAAUUUCUUGCUCAGAAGAGUGCACCACAUCGUGACUUCUAUAAUGUCAGGAAAGUUGAUACACAUGUUCAUCACUCAGCAUGUAUGAAUCAAAAGCAUCUUCUGAGGUUUAUAAAAUCAAAGUUGAGGAAGGAGCCAGAUGAGGUUGUAAUAUUUCGAGAUGGAACAUAUCUGACCUUGAGAGAAGUUUUUGAGAGCCUGGAUUUAACUGGUUAUGACCUAAAUGUUGAUCUUUUGGAUGUUCAUGCGGACAAGAGCACAUUUCAUCGUUUUGAUAAGUUUAAUCUGAAGUAUAAUCCCUGUGGUCAGAGUAGGCUCAGGGAGAUUUUCCUAAAACAAGAUAAUCUUAUUCAGGGUCGUUUCCUUGGUGAGCUGACAAAACAAGUGUUCUCUGAUCUUGAUGCCAGUAAAUAUCAGAUGGCUGAAUAUAGGAUAUCAAUUUAUGGAAGAAAGCAAAGUGAAUGGGACCAAUUGGCAAGUUGGAUAGUGAAUAAUGAAUUAUAUAGCGAGAAUGUUGUUUGGUUGAUUCAGCUUCCACGGCUCUACAAUGUGUACAAGGAGAUGGGAAUCGUUACAUCAUUUCAGAAUAUUCUUGACAAUAUCUUUCUUCCCCUGUUUGAGGUUACUGUUGACCCUGAUUCACAUCCUCAACUGCACGUUUUCUUGAAACAGGUUGUCGGGCUGGAUUUGGUGGAUGAUGAGAGUAAGCCAGAAAGACGCCCCACAAAACACAUGCCCACACCAGCUCAAUGGAACAACAUAUUCAAUCCUGCAUUUUCGUACUAUGUGUAUUAUUGUUAUGCUAAUCUGUACACGCUAAACAAGCUUCGGGAGUCGAAGGGCAUGACAAUUAUCAAAUUCCGUCCACAUUCUGGGGAGGCUGGUGAUAUUGACCACCUUGCUGCAACAUUUCUUACGUGUCACAAUAUAGCACAUGGAAUCAACCUUAGAAAAUCUCCUGUACUUCAAUAUUUAUAUUACUUAGCACAGAUUGGUCUGGCUAUGUCUCCUCUGAGCAACAAUUCUCUAUUUUUAGACUAUCAUCGGAAUCCUUUUCCUAUGUUUUUCCUACGGGGCCUAAAUGUUUCCCUUUCCACGGAUGAUCCGUUACAAAUCCACUUGACAAAAGAACCACUAGUGGAAGAAUACAGCAUAGCUGCUUCUGUUUGGAAGUUAAGUGCCUGUGAUCUUUGUGAGAUUGCUCGUAAUUCAGUGUACCAAUCUGGCUUCUCACAUGCUCUGAAGUCACACUGGAUUGGGAAAGAGUAUUACAAGAGGGGACCAGAUGGAAACGAUAUUCACAAGACAAAUGUGCCUCACAUUCGGUUGGAAUUCCGGGACACGAUAUGGAGGGAGGAGCUGCAACAGGUUUAUUUGGGCAAAGCCAUUAUACCUGCAGAAGUGGAGAAGUGAUGUGCAAGGGAAAUUCAUCUACGCCAUUCUUGGAUGUUCAUAAAUUUUCCAGAGGUAAUGAUUGUUUCUUCCACUGGUUAAAUUGUAAUUUUACCCAUGUAUUUUUCGGGAAAAAGUUUAUUUCAUAUAGCUUGCGAAUUUUGGGUUUUUUUCUGAUCAGUUGCUGGAUGGGGAUUACUGGUGUUUCCACUGCUUUUUCCAGCAUCAAAGAAAUUGUUCUCUUUUUUAGUGUAUGCGUGCGUGCUGAGAAUUUGGCGUCAAAUACAAUCAGAACCCAAGACUCCCAAUACAUUUAUGCAAGUGGAUUAUAAGAUUCAGAGCGCCAGAGAAAAAUCUUACUUUUGGAAAUACGGUGUAUAGCGGCGAGGUGCCACCGUUGGUUCUGAGCAAAAAUUAUUGAAGUUAAAAACGGAGCUUUCAUAAUAUAGAUCUGGUUUACGGUCGGAGCACCAAGCUAAAAUGCAAAAUAUGCAGAGAAUUUUGCACUGUUGUAGCUAUAUUAUCACACAUGUUAUUUUCAUCGGGGCGAAUAAUGCAAAUUGCUCUCUUGCUUCAAAGUUUUGAUUCUAAUAAUAGUUUUUUAAAAUUUUUUAUUGAGGGGGGUGGGGUUUGAAAUUUACUAGCUGAAUUAUGUAUAAAUAUCCCUGGUUCCAGUGGGACAAAUGUAUACGCCAUACUAUUAUAAGACCUUCGAUUGCCAAUUCUCUCCA